CAGGUUUACGCUUAAAGAACCAGUGGACUUUUCCUGCUUCUUUUUCUUCCUGGAUGUCAGGAUUUUUUUCCGUUCUUCCAUUUCAUGGACUAAUCAUUAUCUAGUCUAUACGAGAGAUUAUGUAACAAAGCCAUUCCAGUAAACUUGAAGCUCCCUCCCUCCUUAAGCUGGCACACCCUACAGGACCUUGACCGGGGUUAGAAGCAAGAAGUUAAUCCUACAGAUGGUGGCGUAUAGCUAAGCACAAGGCCAUAACAUAACUAAAUGGGAAAAAAGUGAAAGGAUCUGAAGACUUUGAGAAUCCAUUGUAGAUGGUAAUAAGACAAAAUAUUAUUCUCAGAAGUAAUGGAUUCCCGAGAAGUAAUCCCUCUUCACAUUGUUAGCCCACUAAAGGAAAGUUUAGCUCUCUCCAAGCAUGCUGGUACCACGGUCCUGAUGAAACUGGAAAACAUUCAACCCUUGGGGUCCUUCAAGAUACGUGGUAUAGGACACUUCUGUCAGGAGUUGGCAAAGCAAGGAUGUAAGAAAUUUGUCUGCUCUUCAGGUGGUAAUGCUGGAUUAGCAGCAGCCUACGCCUGUAGUAAACUGGGACUGCCAUCCACUAUUGUUGUCCCAGAAUGUACCCCUAUAAAAAUCAUACAUAAACUGAAAGAACUGGGAACAGAUGUGGUGGUAACUGGAAAGGUUUGGGAUGAUGCUGAUGCAUACGCCCAUCGCUUGACUGACGCACCAGGCUCUGUAUAUAUCUCUCCAUUUAAUCACCCUCUGCUUUGGGAAGGUCACUCCAGUCUUAUACUUGAACUAAAAACAUCUCUUGGCAAUCAAAAACCAGGAGCUCUUGUGGUUGCAGUUGGUGGAGGAGGCCUCCUGGCUGGAUUGGUUGAAGGAAUGGUCAAGGUGGGUUGGUCGGAUGUACCCAUUAUUGCCAUGGAGACAUUGGGUGCUCAUUGCUUAAAUGCAGCUCUUCAGGCUGGGAAGUCCGUGUCAUUACCUGACAUUACUAGCAUUGCAAAGUGUCUAGGUGCAAAAACAGUAUGUGACAGAGCACUGGAGUGUGCAAAAAAAUACAAAGUCAUCUCUGUGACGGUGGAUGACAGAGAAGCAUUGCAAGCAGUGGAGAUGUUCUUAGAGGAUGAACUGAUGUUGGUAGAAGCUGCAUGUGGCGCUGCCCUUGCUGCGGUAUAUUCAGGACACAUCCAGCGCUUGCAAAAGGAGGGCAAGUUGGAAAAGUUAGCGGGACCAUUGAUAAUGAUAGUUUGUGGCGGAAGCUCAAUAAGUCUGUCUGAACUGCAAAACUUCAAAUCCCAGCUGGGAAUGGUUUAAUCUACCUGAAUAAAGAGGCGUAGAAGAGUAACACCUGCAGUGAUUCAGCUAACUGAAAAUGCAUGGUCUUUCCACUGGAGGGAGUCUGGAGACUAACAAUUACCAUUCACAUUGAUGAGAACAGAAUCGUUGCAAGAUUACUAUUAACCUUUGACCUCAGUUCUAGCUAUUGAUCAAUACAAAAUUCUUGCAUUUUCUCAAUACCUUCUGGUCUUUUCAUUUUUCUCCUCCCUGACUUGCCAGUUUCGUAGCCCUCCGCUUCUGUCUACUCUCGCCUCUUCUGAUGAAUUUCCUUCUAGCAUGAGUCCUCUUACAGAUUCUCUUUGGGAUCAGACCUCUAUAAAUCAUAACUCUCCAGCCAAUAUCUUAUGUAAAAAGGUACCUCGGGGCUGGGAAAUCCUAUUACCAGAAGCACCAUUAAUUAUUGCAAGUCAGCUUUCCCUCCAGCUGUAAUAUGUUAUCUACAGCCCCUUUAGCCCAGAGAGUGGCCUUUCCCAUUGAAAUGGCUGGAGGGGAUGCAGAAAAUGUUUGGAAAAAAAUCAAUAUAUAAGCCACAAAUAUUCAGUCUGUCUAUCUGUCUGUCUAUCUAUCUAUCGGCUGUAAAUAUUCCAUUAUUAGAACACUUGGAGCUGGUGUGAUAUUAGGUAACCAUAUUUUGAGCAAAAUUAAAAAGAAAUCUAAAAUCAU